CAUUUGUCCAUGACAUUAGUUUUUGUUUGGUUUGUUUUUUGCUUUUUGAGCUUGAUUGAGUAAUUUUAUGAAUUUAUUCAACAUGCUAGUAUAUAUCUAAUUUGUGAUUUGAUGUUAUAAUUUCUAUAUUUGAGUACAAAGCUUUUUAUGUAUUUGGGUAUUGUGUUCAUAGUUUAAAAUAGGGGUGAAUACUGAACACAAAUUAGUUUUAUCAAGAUGGCAGUAUUUUUGACUAGGAAUAUGCUUAGUAAAAUGAACAAAAUAAAAUAUGAAUCUCAACCAACAAGUGAUGAUACCAAUAGUUCCCAUUGGCAGAAACUUUUUAUGGAAAGCAGUAAAAGUGGCCGGCUGACAGCAGAUGCUAUUUGUAGAGUUUGUGCAAAGGCUGGAAACACACCCCUUAGCCAGAAACUAGAUGAUUAUGACAUUAUGAGUGCAAUAUGCAGCAUAACCAAUGUGACUAUUGACAUUGAUGACUCACUUCCAAAGUUUAUCUGUGUACAGUGUUUGGAUACUUUGAAGACUGCCAUAGCAUUUAAGAAAACUUGUGAAGCUUCCGACAGGAAGUUUAAGAAAAUAUUAAAUCCCAUGGGUGACCCAUCAUUCCAUUCAUAUCCUUAUUCUAAACACGACUUCCAAUUAAUAUUGCAUCAAAUGAAACUAAAACGAUUGAAGUAUGAGGAAAAGCGUCAGAAAGAGCGCCUAAAAAAGGAGAGACUGCAGCAAAAGAGGGAGCCUAAAAUAAAGCAGUUCAAAUGCUCCCCUUGUGACAUGGAAUUUCAAAAUAAGGACUCGUUGAUGGAGCACCGUCGUGAGCGGCAGUGCAUGCGGCGCGCGUGCGACAUCUGCGGCCAGCUCGUGCUCAGCAUCGCGCAGCACAUGCGGCACAUGCACAAGGAGAGUGUCCCGCACAAGUGUCCCACCUGUGGCAAGGAGUUCCCCAUCAUCGCUAGACUCAAAAACCACAUGCUGGUGCACACAGACACGUUCAACUUCUUCUGCGACCUGUGCCCGUACAAGUGCAAGCACAAGUACUACCUGGUGAUGCACAUGCGCACGCAUACGGGCGAGAAGCCCUACAAGUGCCCGCACUGCCCCGCCACCUUCGUCAACCCGUCCAACCUCAACAAGCACAAGCUCACACAUCAGGAGAAACAGUUUAAGUGCAUGCUGUGCGAGAAGGCGUUCCGCACCAACACGGCGCUGCGCGAGCACCAGGAGGCCACGCACAUGAACAUCAAACACAAGUGCGUCUACUGCGGCAGGGACUUCUGCUACAAGUCAGAUUUACGCAAGCAUGAGAUAAAGAAUCACAACCGUCUAAAGCGGGACUACAUAGGCGGCGAGCCUACAUACAAGCAAGUGGAGCGACUGCAGAAGCUGCAAGAAUGUCCCGACGAGAGCGACAAGUGGCGGGGCCCGGCCGCAGUCACGCAGCCGAUGCCGGUCGCGUGCGCCACAUACAUCGACCAGAACAAGGACUUCAUACAGACCAGCCAUCCGAUGUACUUCACCGAUGUCACUGGCAUGAUGCAGCAACAGCCGCAGAUUGUUCAACAGCAGACCGUGCAGCUGACAUUACCAGAGUUGGAGCUGAAGAAGUACGAUGUGAAAAUUUACGAUCAACAAGCGAUUGGAUAUUUUUAAGAUUUAUAAAAAAAUAUGUCGGUAUUGGAACUAUAUUGAGUUUUAGGAUAUUCCAUAUUUUUAAGUUAUAAUAAUGACAUAUACAAUAUACAUUAUACAGUUUUAUCAAAGUUUUAUAUCUAUAAUCAUAUGCUUUGUACAAUAAUUAUAUUUUACCGUAAGUUACAUAAAUUAAAGCUAAUUCGUUUGAUAUAAA